CCCUGCCUGCCUGGCUCUCUGCUUCCCACCCUCUGCCUCUCCUGGAGCCUCUUUCUCUUUCACUUUUGCAUGCCCUGCAACCUUUUAAAAUGUUGCCCCUUCCCUGUGAUUCGUCAGACGCGGCGGCAUGUCCCCUCUCUCGCUCCCGCUCCCUCUCCCUUUUUUGUCUCCCUCUCCCUCUCUCUCUCUCUCUCUCUCUCCCCCCUCUCUGAUUAGACACACUGAUUCUUCAUUCAAUGGACGUCAUUUAGAACAGGCUCUGCCUUGAGUUGCUUCCUCGCUUCACGCUCGAUUUCCAGCCAUUCUUCCCUUAUUAAGUAUUCGUGUAAUAUUAAUAGUCAUGAAUAUCUGCUAUUAGGAGGCUGGAGGAAGGCAGCGGCACAUCGCGGCUAUUAGGAGCUCAAGUGGAGCAGCAGCUAAGUCCAAGAAGGAGGAAAGGAGCCAGAGACAGGGAGGAAAAAGAAAAGAAAAAAGAAAAAAAAAGGAUUCAGAAACAAGCACACACACACCAAAAAAAAAAAGACUAAUAAACUUUGAUCCUCCUCCUCCUCCUCCUCCUCUCAGGACAGCCUAGAGAUCGCCUUUGCAGCCGCACAUGAAGGGCAUCAGGACCUGGUGCAAGUUCUGAUGGAUUAUCGUGGCGCUGCCUCGCCGCACGAGAGGUCCUGGCGGUGCGGGCUCGUAGGCAGAGUCUAGAGCCGGGCUCCUCUUUUUUUGUGCGAGAGCGCGUGUGAGAGUGAGUGUGUGUGUGUGUGCGCGCACAAGGGGGGCACUUCUCCUCCGUGGUUUUUCUCCCCCGGCUUGUUACCCCCCAGCCGCUUCGCAGAUGUUAGUACACAGUUUUUCAGCGAUGGACCGUCACGACGGCACCAGCAACGGGACGGCGCGGCUGCCCCAGCUGGGGACUGUGGGGCAGUCCCCGUACACCAGCGCCCCUCCGCUCUCGCACACCCCCAACGCCGACUUCCAGCCCCCCUACUUCCCUCCCCCGUACCAGCCCAUCUACCCGCAGUCUCAAGAUCCGUACUCCCACGUUAACGACCCCUAUAGCCUCAACCCCCUGCAUGCCCAGCCGCAGCCCCAGCACCCGGGCUGGCCAGGACAGAGACAAAGCCAGGAGACGGGGCUCUUGCACACGCACCGGGGGUUACCGCACCAGCUCUCCGGCCUGGACCCUCGAAGGGAUUACCGGCGGCACGAGGAUCUACUGCACGGCCCGCACGGGCUCAGCUCAGGACUAGGAGACAUCCCCAUCCACUCCAUACCUCACGCUAUAGAAGACGUGCCGCAUGUAGAAGACCCGGGUAUUAACAUCCCAGAUCAAACUGUAAUUAAGAAAGGCCCCGUGUCCCUGUCCAAGUCUAACGCCAACGCCGUCUCCUCCAUCCCCAUCAACAAGGACGCGCUGUUCGGCGGGGUGGUGAACCCCAACGAGGUCUUCUGCUCCGUGCCGGGCCGCCUCUCGCUGCUCAGCUCCACCUCCAAGUACAAGGUCACGGUGGCGGAAGUGCAGAGACGCCUCUCCCCGCCCGAGUGCCUCAACGCGUCUCUGCUGGGCGGAGUGCUCCGGAGGGCGAAAUCUAAAAAUGGAGGGAGAUCUUUGAGAGAGAAACUGGACAAAAUAGGAUUAAACCUGCCAGCUGGGAGACGUAAAGCUGCUAAUGUCACCUUACUCACGUCGCUAGUGGAGGGAGAAGCAGUACAUCUAGCUAGAGAUUUUGGGUACGUUUGUGAGACAGAAUUUCCUGCCAAAGCAGUAGCUGAAUUUCUCAACCGACAACAUUCCGAUCCAAACGAGCAAGUCACAAGAAAAAACAUGCUUCUAGCUACAAAACAGAUCUGCAAAGAGUUCACCGACCUGCUGGCUCAGGACCGAUCUCCCCUGGGGAACUCGCGGCCCAACCCCAUCCUGGAGCCGGGCAUCCAGAGCUGCCUGACCCACUUCAACCUCAUCUCGCACGGCUUCGGCAGCCCGGCCGUGUGCGCGGCCGUCACCGCCCUGCAGAACUAUCUCACCGAGGCGCUCAAGGCCAUGGACAAAAUGUACCUCAGCAACAACCCCAACAGCCACACGGACAGCAGCACCAAAAGCGGCGACAAAGAGGAGAAGCACCGAAAGUGAGGAUCCAGCCCCUCCUCCUCCUCCCCCUCCCCGCAGCCAGCAUCCAGCCAGGCAUCUCCUGCCACCCCUCCCCCGUGCCCUCCUGCCCGGCCUGCUCUCCUGACUCCGCAGGACUGCUCUGCCCUCCCCCUCCCGCACCAGCCUCCCAGGGACUCCCAGGUUUGGAGAGAAGAGAUCAGAGGGGGGAGUGGGGGGGCCCAUGGAGUCAGCAUCAACAAAAAAAGUUCUUUGAGCUCCCGAACUUUUUUGUUUUGAAAUAAGAAACACAAAAAAGCAGCAAAAGGACCUUUUUUAAAAAAAAA